CACCGUUCUCCGAAGCGAAGAAGCGAAGAAGAGGGAUGUAUGGAUGUAUUUAUACUCAUAUUUGCCUCCAUAUGCUGAUACUAUGUGGGAAUGCAUAAAGAGAACCAAGAUCGCAAACGUUCCAAUCUACUGGUUCAGGUGGAAGGGGUUCACGUGAUGGAACACAUCGCCAACAACUACAACAAUGUCUCGGCUUUCUGUCCUGAUCCUUCAGACCUUCUUAUUGCCACCUAUCCUAAAGCAGGGACCACGUGGGUCCAGGAGACAGUGGAUUUGCUUCUUCACAAUGGCGACAGUGAGACCUGCAAAAGCGCCCCCAUACCAGUCCGAAUGCCUUUCCUGGAGAAUUCCACUCGACCAGGGAUCCCCUCAGGCCUUGAUCUCCUGAAGGCAAUGGAACCUCCAAGAGUUAUUAAAACGCAUUUGCCUUUUCAUCUCGUUCCAAAAGGCUUUUGGGAAAACAAAUGCAAAGUGAUCUACGUGGCUCGCAAUGCGAAGGACAACCUGGUGAGCUACUUCUAUUUUGAUCAAAUAAAUCUCACCCACCCUGACCCUGGACCUUGGGAGGGCUACAUCCAGAAGUUCAUGCAUGGACAAUUGGCAUGGGGUUCCUGGUAUGAUCACGUCAAAGGUUACUGGGAGGAACGAGAAAAGAGAAACAUCCUUUACCUCUUCUAUGAAGACAUGAAAGAGAACCCUCGGCGUGAGGUGGAGCGCAUCAUGAAGUACCUGGACUUGUCAUUCUCUGAUGACAUCAUCAGCCGCAUUGUGGAACUGACGUCCUUCAAGAGCAUGAAGGAGAACCCGAUGGCCAACUACACUUUUAUGUCCAAAACCAUUUUUGACCUUUCGCUCUACACCUUCAUGAGAAAAGGAGAAGUCGGCGAUUGGAAGAAUCAUUUUACACCACAACAAGCCAAAGAGUUUGAUGAAGACUACGAGAAGAAAAUGAAAAAUGUCAACAUACCAUUCAGAACACAGCUCUAAACUAGCUAGCAGUUAACUCCUGCACAUACUAUUAAAUUAUAAGAAUUAUUAUACAGUCAUGGCCAAUGUUUGGUCUGUGAGGUUUUAGUGACGUGUCUAUACUGUCCGCUUGUCAGCCAAUUUAAUAUUACACGGGCUGCGCUUCGCCUGCGCUUCGCCUGCGCUUCGCCUGCGCUUCGCCUGCGCUUCGCCUGCGCUUCGCCUGCGCUUCGCCUGCGCUUCGCCUGGUCGGAGAUGGCAAACUUACUCCGCACCUUUGUCACCAAAACUCGAACUCGAAAAUUGUCGCCAAACUGAAAAUGUGGACUCCUCCCCUGGUGCGCCGCCAUGCCCACGUCGGCGCAGUACAGUCUAAUAAAAUUACCAAAUAGUAAGCGCACCAAGUGGUGUCCUGAACCAAAUUAUCACCUUGCGCUGCGCCACGAAAUUCGAGCACCCUGGACUGGUGGCCAGCCAAUCACAGAUUGCACAUAUAGACAAACAACCAUUCACACUCACAUUCAUACCUAUGGACAAUUUGGAGUCGCCAAUUAACCUAGCAUGUUUUUGGAAUGUGGGAGGAAACCGGAGUACCCGGAGAAAACCCACGCAU